UCGCCAUCCAAACGCCUCGUUCCCGUGCAAUACUGUGAAGCAUCUAUGCGCAAUGGUUUCGGUCUGGUCUAUGUGCACCGGUUUUUCAGUGUCCCAUUUCUCUGUCUCAGACGAUCCGUGCUUGAACAACAGCUUAAACAGACCCAGACCGAAUUGGACGGAACUGUUCGAGCCCUGAGUUCCGUAGAUGGACCGUUGGCCACAACCGAUGAAGCCUAUGAAACGUGA